GGCCGCGCGCGCGAGCGCAGCGGUGGGUGGCGGCGACCAGCCGACCGGCGGACACUCCGGGUCCCCUCAUCCACCAGGUUGGGGCCCCGGGGGCUCGGCCGCAGCGCGAUGUGGCACGAGGCGCGCAAGCAUGAGCGGAAGCUCCGCGGCAUGAUGGUGGACUACAAGAAGAGGGCGGAGCGGCGGCGGGAGUACUACGAGAAGAUCAAGAAGGACCCAGCCCAGUUCCUGCAAGUGCACGGCCGAGCGUGCAAGGUGCACCUGGAUUCUGCCGUUGCCCUGGCUGCGGAGAGCCCCGUCAACAUGAUGCCCUGGCAGGGAGACACCAACAACAUGAUCGACCGCUUCGAUGUCCGCGCCCACCUGGACCACAUCCCCGACUACACCCCACCUCUGCUCACCACCAUCUCCCCCGAGCAGGAGUCAGACGAGCGGAAGUGCAACUACGAGCGCUACCGAGGCCUGGUGCAGAACGACUUCGCUGGCAUCUCUGAGGAGCAGUGCCUGUACCAGAUCUACAUUGACGAGUUGUAUGGGGGCCUCCAGAGACCCAGCGAGGAUGAGAAAAAGAAGCUGGCGGAGAAGAAGGCUUCCAUCGGCUACACCUACGAGGACAGCACAGUGGCCGAGGUAGAGAAGGCCGCGGAGAAGCCGGAGGAAGAGGACUCACCGGCCGAGGAGGAGAGCAACUCGGACGAAGAUGAGGUCAUCCCCGACAUCGACGUGGAGGUGGACGUGGAUGAGCUGAACCCGGAGCAGGUGGCCGACCUCAACAAGCAGGCCACGACCUACGGCAUGGCCGACGGUGACUUUGUCAGGAUGCUCCGGAAGGACAAGGAGGAGGCAGAAGCCAUCAAGCACGCCAAGGCCCUGGAGGAGGAGAAGGCCAUGUACUCGGGCCGGCGCUCCCGGCGCCAGCGGAGAGAGUUUCGAGAGAAGCGACUAAGGGGGCGGAAGAUCAGCCCACCCAGCUAUGCCCGCCGAGACAGCCCCACCUAUGACCCCUAUAAGCGAUCGCCCUCAGAGUCCAGCUCCGAGUCCCGCUCGCGCUCCCGCUCGCCGACUCCAGGCCGGGAGGAGAAGAUCACGUUCAUCACCAGCUUUGGGGGCAGCGACGAGGAGGCCGCCGCAGCUGCAGCCGCUGCAGCCGCGUCAGGGGCCGCCCCAGGGAAGCCCCCCGCACCCCCCCAGCCUGGCGGCCCUGCGCCGGGACGCAAUACCAGCGCCCGCCGCCGCUCUUCCUCUUCUUCCUCCUCCUCCGCCUCGAGGACGUCCAGCUCGCGCUCGCGCUCCCGCUCCAGCUCGCGCUCCCGCCGCGGGGGCCACUACCGCUCUGGCCGCCACGCCCGCUCCCGCUCGCGCUCCUGGUCCCGCUCUCGCUCCCGCUCCCGGCGCUACUCCCGCUCCCGGAGCCGAGGCCGGCGGCACUCAGGUGGGGGCUCACGAGAUGGACACCGCUACUCCCGCUCGCCCACCCGGCGUGCUGGCUACGGGCCACGGCGCAGAAGCAGGAGCCGCUCCCGCUCGGGAGACCGCUACAGACGGGGCGGCCGGGGCCCUCGGCACCACAGCAGCAGCCGCAGCCGCAGCAGCUGGUCCCUCAGCCCGUCCCGCAGUCGCAGCCUGACUCGCAGCCACAGCCCCAGCCCCAGCCCGAGCCCCAGCCGCAGCCGCAGCCGGAGCCGCAGCCAGAGCCACUCGCCAUCGCCCCCAAGGGAGAAGCUGAGCAGGCCGGCGGCGUCCCCUGCUGUGGGCGAGAAGCUGAAAAAGACUGAGCCUGCCGCUGGUAAAGAGACAGGAGCUGCCAAACCCAAGCUGACGCCGCAGGAGAAGCUCAAGCUGAGGAUGCAGAAGGCACUGAACAGGCAGUUCAAGGCGGAUAAGAAGGCGGCGCAGGAGAAGAUGAUCCAGCAGGAGCACGAGCGGCAGGAGCGGGAAGAUGAGCUCCGCGCCAUGGCCCGCAAGAUCCGGAUGAAGUCGCCUCCCUCUUCCCCCCGCAGGGAGCGGGAACGCCGAGAGAAGGAGAGAGAAGAAUGGGAACGCCAGUACAGCCGGCAGAGCCGCUCUCCGUCCCCCCGCUACAGCCGGGAAUACAGCUCUUCUCGGAGGCGCUCGAGGUCCCGCUCCCGAAGCCCCCACUAUCGGCACUAGGCAGAGGGGGCACAGGGCCCCAGGGCUGGGGAAGAGGGCUCAGCUGUGAUGCUGCUCUUUGUGAAAUAAAAUCGAGCAUUAUUUAA